AUGGCAUCCUCUACUACUAUGCCUCUAGAAUGUCACUAUGAAACAAAGUAUGUUGUUCUCACCUACUUGGGACUCCCUUAGGAGAAGCUUCAAGCUUCACCCCAAGGGGUUCAACUAGUUAUAGCUUCACAAUCUCUGGACCCAGAAGUAUUUUUAAAAGUUAAAUCUGAAAUUGAAGAAGAGCUAAAAUCCCAAGACAAAGAAAUUUCUGAAACCUUCAGCACAGACUUUGACCAUCACACUUCUCCGGUUAACAGUUUAGCCCUGUUAACCCAGAAAGCUCAUAGAAGACUGCUUGACCCAUAUUGCAGAAACUGA